GCCGAGAACACUGGACCGACGGCGGCGACUUGCUCGAUUUUGUCAACACACAAAAAACCCGAGUUUACCUGUUGCUUCUUGGAAAUUCCUGUUGGCAUCCAUUUUGUGCUCGUAUUAUUAGGUGUCCAUCCAAUUGGCAUCUGCAACGCGCCGUACUCUCUAUCAGUUCAAGUUUUUUUUUAGCAAACCCAAGUCUCCGUUCCCUUCUCUCUCGUUCUGUCUGCCCGCCGAAUUGAUCACCAAUAUCUUACUCCACCCGCCCGCAUUGAGCUACAGACUGGAGACCCCAGGCUCUCGUCUGAUAGGCACGGCUAGGCCCCUCACUGCUCAGCUAGAUUCCGUUGAGAACGUGUGUCCUUACAUCACAUCAUUGGGGCUCACACCAAAAAGACAGCUUGACAUCUGAUUCUCUUUUCUUGUGAAAUUUCCUGUACGAUCCGUUCUCCGUCCAACAUUCUGUAAAAGAACGGUCCCUGUCGAGCUUCACGGUUUUCCUCCACGGUCCAGACACAAUGCGCUUCUCUACGUCCACCAUCGUCCUGGCAUUGCCUCUGUUGGCAGCUGCCGAAAGUCCCCUCGACCAGUACAAGGCCAAGUUUCAAAACUUCCUCGGAAGCUUCGCGGGUACUGCUGGUGGCGCUACCGUUCCCCAGGCCGACGAGGUUCCUCAGCAGAAACCCAUUGUUUCCGACACCGACUCUGCCACCAGCAGCUCAGUAGAGCCCAAGCACAUUGAGCGCCUCACGCUCGCGAACUGGAAGGAUACCUUGUACGCGCCCGUCCAGCCCGAGGCCACUACCCCCGAGGAGUGGUGGGUUCUGGUUACUGGCGGCAACAAGACGUGCUUUGGCCGCUGCGGACCCGUUGAAAAGGCCUUUGGCGAGACGGUGGAGAAGUUCUCGACUAUCCCCAACUCCCCCCAUGUAGCCGUUCUCGAUUGUGAAGAGGAGCCUGUCCUCUGCAAUGUCUGGUCCGCUGGCGCUUCGUCCCUCUGGGUCUUCGAUAUGCUCCCCCCGCCCGCCGCCAUCGAUGUUUACUGGAAGCGCCUAAACUUCACCACCGUCACGGCGGCCGAUCUGCUCGAGACAUUUGAUAAGGAAACCACGGAGGGCAAGGAGGCCGCCGGCUUUCAACUCGUCGAAGGCGCGCUCCACCCCUUCGAUGGUACCCUUGCCCGGUAUAACCUGGCCGUCCCCAUUGCUUACGCCCUCCACUACUUGAGCAUCGUCCCCUCGUGGGCCAUGAUGCUCUUUGUAUCCUUCUUUAGCAGGACGAUGAUGAACCGCAGCGUGGGUGGCGCGCAGAACCGCCGUGCGAACCCUGCUCGUGGCGCCGCUCCCGGUGAUGGCCGUUCUUAGUUGGGAGUGCCUGAACUGGGACUGCCUAAACUCGUCGCUGAAGUGAUGUGCUUUAUACGUAUCGUUGUCGCUCUUUUUACGGAUAUGAAGGAAAUGGCCGUCCAUGGCGUGGUUACACAGCCCAAGGACGUCGUUUCACAAUUCAUGCAAGUUGCAGAGUUCAUGAAACUUUGCUUGGAUUCUCUUUCGACGUGAGGGAGUCAGAGGAGAUACCGUCGAUUUAGUUAUCAUAGCGUCUAGUACGCGGAUGAUGAAGGAAUGGCUUUGAAUGACGGCUGGGUUGGGAGACGGCUGUUGAUUGUUGGGUAACGCGUUCGAAUGUCUCCAAACGAUAGGGGAAAAAAAAAGGGGAAGGCACAGGAACAAGCGGGAGGUUUGAAGAUCGGGGUCACCAUGAUGGCUCGGAUUAAGCAACACGAUAUCACCAAUAUGAUUAAUUUUUGGAUUUACAAGUGUCUCGCAAGCUCGCCAGCCCCUCGAGCACUUGAUCACGGAGUUGGCCAUUAGCAAAGCGGCCGUAGCGUAAGUCGCUCAUGCCACCCACUGUCUGUUGAAUGGACGACAGAAGUGCUGCCUCUUCUUCUCCAAGAAGCUGAAGCUCGCUUUCAAGCUCCGACACGGCGCCUUCAAGGUCGGGAAGAAUGGAACCAAUAUUAUGUUUGGGAGUUUGUGAAUCUGAAGUCGAGCCAAACAGCUACAAGACCAGACAGUUGCCACGAGGGCCAUUAGUCAGCUCUGUCACUAGUCACUGUAAAUAAGCAAUCCUGAGGCGAUUCUCAUAUCUUACAAGGCGUUCGAUUUCG